AUGUUCAAUGAAUGGGUGCAACUACACAUUUCUUAUGAAGGCUUAUCUUACGAAUCAAAGAAGGCUGUAGACCACUCUUCUGGGGGAUCUCUAAAUAAGAAAAAGACCGUUGAAGAAGCCAUAUAUGUCAUUGAGACUGUAGCUGAGAAUGACUACUUUUAUGCUUCUGAGAGGAGCAACACUCGAGGAGUAAUGUCGUUGAACCAUAUGGAUGCACUGCUAGCUCAAAACAAGAUGAUCACCAAGCAGUUGGCUGACCUUACCAAGCAGAUGGAGAGGAACCAAGUUGUAGCAGUCACCACCCCACCACCAGCUCAAGAAGGAGUGAAUACAGAGAAAGGGGGUGACUGGGAACAAGCCAACUAUGUUAGAAACUCACCCUGGCAAUCACAUGAUCCAUACUCCAAGACCUACAAUCCCGGUUGGAAGAACCAUCCAAACUUUGGGUGGGGAAAUCAAGAAGACCAAAGCCAAGAUCAGAGAUGUCACAACCCCAACAAUAAUGCAGCAUACCAACAUUUCACACAGAGAUUAUAUCAAUACCUACCCAAUAACACUUCUCAGCAGCCAUAUCAAACCCAAAAUGACCAGUCUCAACACUCUAACCUCAACCCACCAUUACCAUCCGAAGAUAGACUUUCCAGACUUGAGACCCUGCUCGAAGGCAUAUGCAAGGAAGUUCAAGACAGUAAAGUGUUCCGGGAAGAAGUACGAUCCAAUAUGCAAAAUCAAGAUGAUGCCAUCAAGAAACUAGAAACACAUAUCAGCUACCUAUUCAAGCAAGUUCCUGGCCACAAUAUUUGUAACAACACUAAUGCAAACCCAAGGGAGGAGUGUCAGGAUAUCACCCUCAGAAGUGGAAAACAAUUGAAGGAGACCUCCAAAGAACCACAAGAGAAGAACAUGGAUGGAGGGGGAAAAGGACAAGAGGAAGUUCAAGCUUCCACUCCUAACUCACAUCAAAAAGGAGAAGCGCUGAAGCCAUAUGUUCCAAAAGCCCCGUACCCUCAACAAUUGAAGAAGAGUGGAGAUGAAAGCCAAUUCUCACGAUUCUUAGAAGUUUUCAAGAGACUACAGAUUAACAUACCCUUUGCUGAAGCAAUAGAGCAAAUGCUGCUCUAUGCUAAGUUCUUGAAGGAAUUGUUGACCAAGAAGAGAAUUUGGAAGAACAACGGGACUGUGGUACUAACCGAAGAAUGUAGUGCCAUCAUUCAGCACAAGUUACCCAGAAAUUGA